GUAAACCGGAGGGACCGCUGCGCUCGUGCAGGAGAACUGCUCGUCUCACCCGUGGAUACUAUCACACAGCCGCCGUCAUCUCCAAACCCUGUCCGUGGGAUACCUACCUACCUAAUCUGGCUACAACCUCUGAGUUUUACAGUUGUAGCCUAUUGCCUCCUUUUUUUUAAUCACUACCCCCUUUUUCCUCUUCUCAUCUUUUCUUCUCCCUCUCCUCAUCUUUGAGCAUCAUCCCCCUUCUGGCAAAUCGUUUUUGCCAACUUUUCCAGCCUGACUCCAUCCCACACAACAACAACCACCUCCUCCAUCGCUCACCAACCCCUCGGCAGUUUCCACCCCUCCAGUCCUCCCUCUUAUUGCAGCAGCCUCCCCUCCCCUGGAUCGGGCGGAACCCAUUCGGGGGGGCACUGCUACAUGGGGCGCACGGUCUCGCACGGAAAAUGGUCUGCAGUCGGUAUCUAGGCGCCCCGCUGAACCUGCAGGGACUGGAGUUGUCGGAACGGAGUGUCUGCGUCUCUUCCCCGCGUCGCGUGUGCUGUCGUGGCCAGUGAGAUAUGGGUCUCUCCGCGGCGGCGCAGGCACCGCUCGAGGAGCCCCGACGGCCGCGCCAGUGGAGCGGGACGGCGGGAGGCUGGCUCCGGAUCACGCUCGUCUCGUUUCUCGCCACUUUACCUGUGGAGCAGCUGCGCGCCUUCCCUUCCUCCCUCAGCGACUGCCAGACGCCGACCGGCUGGAACUGCUCUGGUUUUGAUGACCGGGAUACGGACCUGUUCUUGUGCGACACCAACGCUUGCAAGUUCGAUGGGGAGUGUCUAAGAAUUGGAAACAUGGUGAAGUGCAUUUGUGACUUUAAGUGCAACAAUGACUAUACGCCAGUGUGCGGCUCCAACAAUCAGAACUACCAGAACGAGUGUUUCCUGCGCAGGGAUGCCUGCAAGCAGCAGUCUGAAGUACUCAUAAUGUCAGAAGGUGCCUGCCCUGCUGAUGCAGGCUCAGGAUCAGGAGACGACGGAGGAGAGGGCUCCGCCGAGGCAGGGCAGAAGGAAACGUCAACCUGUGAUAUUUGCCAGUUUGGGGCUGAAUGCGACGUGGACGCAGAGGAUGUUUGGUGCGUUUGCAACAUCGACUGUUCCCACAUCAGCUUCAACCCGGUGUGUGCCUCCGACGGUCGUUCCUAUGACAACCCCUGCCAGGUGAAGGAGGCGUCCUGUCAGAAGCAGGAACGCAUCGAGGUCAAGUACCUGGGCCACUGCCAAGGCGACAUCAAAGGCGGAGAUGGACACUUUGCGCGGACCGACCUCACAGUAGAGGAAAAAGAGGAUCCGAGGAACGAGCUGGCCCGCGGCCUGUACAUCCCCUGUCCAGACCACUACAAAAACUACUGCGUCCACGGAGAGUGUCAGUUCCCCAGUAUCCUGGCCCAGCCCUCCUGCAGCUGUCACUCGGGUUUCAGAGGCCCCCAGUGUGACAUCAAAGAGUACAACGUGCUCUAUGUCGUGCCAGGCUCUGGCAAACUGCACUAUGUCCUCAUCGCCUCUAUCAUUGGAGCACUCCAGGUGGUCAUCAUCUGCGUGGUGGUGCUCUGCAUUACCAGGAAGUGCCCGCGGACCAACCGGAUCAACCGGCAGAAGCAGAACAAUGUCCAUUUCAGUACGGAGAACACCAUGCGCGCCUCCACCCGGCUUAUCUGAGCCCAGACACCCCCCCGGACAGAGUCCCCUCUCCACUUUACGGAGCGCUGUGGUGUCAGAUGUUCCCCCCUUAUAGGCCCAACCCCGAAAAAAUUAGGAUCUGCUUCCCUUCACUCCUUGCCCCUCUCUCCCCCAGUAUGAACUGUAAGGAUGCCCAGGGAGGAUGGUGGCACGGCAGUGAUGAGACUCACACAUGGGGGGGUAAUGGUGACAUCAGGCCCCACCCACCGCCGCCAGAUGAAGACGUGUCUCCCUGCACCUCGUCACUUCUGCCCAGGAGUUUUUCUGAAAAACUUAACCACGAGGUGUUGGGGGGGGGGCAUUGAGGACACUGAAUGUGAGUGUAUGAGUGUGUGUGUGUGUGUGUGUGUGUGUGAAUGUGUAUUAGAUGUUUGAGCUUCGGUAGAGACGGGCUAGCCGGCGUCUGUCGUUUCUAGAGGGGUUAAAGCAAAGCGGGGGUAGUGCAAAUCAGGGUAGCGGGCUUUAAAUGAGGCGUGUGUUGU